AUGAGUCCAUUGUCUCCACCAUGUUCUUAUAUUCCAAAAGAAAAAUCUCCACAUUCAAUAUCUAGUCUUGAUGAAAAUGAAAUAGAUGAAGUUCGAAAGAAGUUAGAUCAUCUUCAAUCAUUACUAAUACAAGUUAAAAAUCAACUCAAUUCUUCACCCAAUGAUGAAGAUGAUGAUGAUAAUAUGAUUGAUGAAAGAAUCUUUCCAAAUACUUCAACUGAAUUGAGUCUUUUACAGACUACUGAAAGAAUACCGAAGAAAAUGGAGAAAAGAUUGAUGAUUCAUGUCAAAAUCUGCCUAAUUAUGCUACAUUUUCAGUGAAACAAUCACAUGAAUAUGCUGUGAGAAAUUGGUUACUAUCAAAUUUCAAUCAUAUUUAACUACUUAUAUCGAUAAAAGUAGUUAGAAACAAUUGUGUGAAUUAAUUUCUAUGACAUGAAGAUCAAGUUUGUCUUUAUUUCUUUUUAAAUAAGUGUUUUCUUAAAAUAUCAUUCAUCUCAUUAUAAUUAGCAUUGGUAUGUAUGACGUCCAUCGUAUCAGUGUUCAUCUUAACUUUGCUCUUUAAUGUUAAUUGUAGAAUGUUUCUGGAAAGAUUUAUUGAUUUAUUUAGAUAUUUAUGAGUGUAGACUAAAUCGAUAUUAUUGGAUAAUGUGGUAGAUUCUACGUGAACCAAGAGCUUCUUAACCCAAACGAAUAAACUCGGAAUGUAAUUAGACAAACUUUAUCAUAGUUACUGUUCAGUCCGUCAGACAGUCAGUCAGUAACAAGGUAGAAUUUCGCACGUACAUUAGUUGACAUACCACAUCAGCAC